AUGACCGCAUUUGACCACGAGAAAGCCCGCUCCGAAGGUAGAAUUGUCGUUGAGCCCGGCUUCGACCCUGAAUUUGACACUGCUAGGCAGAACCUCCAACUGACCUACAUAGGUACAGGGAAGAACCGUUUUCAAAUAGAGGUUCCCGAUACGCACGCUCGAAAUGUUCCCGACCACUGGGAGGCAACUUCCCAGCGCAAGGGCUACAGACGCUACCGUCCGCCGGAAGUGGUGCGUCUGUUUGCGAAGUUGGUGGUCGCCGAGGAUACCAAGGAGGAGAGUAUGCAGGGCAUCAUGCGGCGUCUGUUUGCUGCCUUUGCUGUGAACCACGCUGACUGGCAGACGGUUGUUAAAUGUAUCGCCGAACUCGAUUGUUUGAUGUCUUUAGCAAACUAUAGUUCAACAGCUGCCGCGACCACAUGUCGACCCGAGUUCUUCACGCUGGACUUCGGCUCUCGGAAGGUUAGUCUGUGA